UGGGAAGAAAUUUCUUUUGCUUUUACAAUUUUCAGCUUCAUUCCUCUGGGGUUUUGGCUAUUGGAAGUAGUAUCAAAGGAGAGAAUUCUUACUCACAUCACUUGGACUCUGAUGUUGGUGUCUCUGUCGUAGAUCGUUUUACUUUUUACACCCUGGCAUUCUUUGAGAGGCUAAAUAUGUAUAACAAUGAUUCAUUGAGCAGUCUUUUUAGUUCCUAUGAUAAGAAUAAGCUGAUGUCAACUGCAUAUUACCGAACAAACCUUUACUGACGGGAAAUACUAUUGAAACUUGUUCCAGUGACAAACUUCUUUGGCUCAUUCAUGGAAACGAUACAUACUGAUUCAGCUUAUGGAGCCUUGCUAAGAAAAAAGUCUGUCACAGUUAGAGUUGACAUAAUUCAGGAUCAGCCUUCCCAGAAUGGUGAGACCCAAAUGUUGAUCAAUCCCAAUGAUGAGAUCUGUGACUUGAACACCAAGGAUCAAAUAUUUGCUUCUAGAUAUAUCUGGGUUACUUUUGGUAACCAGUUGGAAAAAAUUGAAGAUGUUGAUUCUUUGGUGAAUUAUGGCUUGGCAAUGAUGCUUCCGUUGUUGGUGAUUUUCUCUUGGUUAUAUCACGAUUGAAGAUUCAAGUCUUCCAGUCAGCCUGAUGUGUUUGCCAAUAUUUCUGCUUCGGUCCAUAAAGAGCAAUGUCCACCAUUUUCUAUGUACUUUUCUUCAUUAAAUUUCCUUGAUUUAUAAACUUGUGGUUUUGUACUGACGUAGUGAAUGCUUUAGCUGUGGCCUUAUCCGCUGAACAAUGUAACUCUAAGGUGCCUUCAAGUCAAUUUGCCUCUCCUAGUGAAAUAGUGAAGAUUAAAGAGAAACAUAAAUUGUUACUUUUAAGGGAUGA